AUGAGAAUUAUCUCUUUAUUUUUCCUCAUUCUUAUUCUCCUAGUUGUCAUCGCUGACUCCAAAAUUGGGAGAGAGAGAAAAGAAAAGAACCGAAGAGAGAAAAAUUCCAGAGGAAUAUCUCGGAGUGAAACAACUCGGUCACUGCCAGAAGUCACUACUACUUUCAGUGUUAGACUUGGAAAACCGUACAGUGUAAAAACUCGUGAUGAUGUGACUCCUCCUCCGAAUCUGUCUGGAUCCAGAGCCUCGCUUCUUCGUUCAAUCCGUAGAAUCGAUUCUCGAAGAUUCGAAAAUACAGAGCAGACUCGAAACAAACGACAAAACAAAGAUCUUCCCCUGAUUCGGAAUCCGAUUUCAUUCCAAAGAAGUCUUCGCAACAAAUUUUCUUCCUAA